UAGUGCUAGAAAGCAUACUGAAUUAGAAAUGGCUGCCACCGGAGUUCUUCCCUUUAUCAGGGGGGUAGACUUGAGUGGAAACGAUUUUAAAGGGGGCUACUUUCCUGAGCAUGUCAAAUCCAUGACCAGUCUUCGAUGGCUAAAACUCAAUAGAACUGGGCUUUGCUAUCUUCCUGAAGAACUGUCCUCACUUCAGAAACUGGAACAUUUGUCAGUGAGUCACAACAGUCUUACAACGCUACAUGGAGAGCUGUCAAGUCUUCCAAACUUAAGGGCUGUUGUGGCACGGGCAAACAACCUUAAGAAUUCAGGAGUUCCAGAUGAUAUUUUUCAGCUGGAUGACCUCUCAGUGCUGGACCUGAGCUUCAACCAGCUAACUGAAAUCCCAAGGGAUUUGGAAAAUUCCAGAAACAUGUUGGUCCUUAACCUAAGCCAUAACAGCAUUGAUAACAUACCCAAUCAACUGUUUAUCAACCUAACUGAUCUACUCUAUCUGGACCUGAGUGACAAUAAGUUGGAUAGCCUGCCCCCUCAGAUGAGGCGUCUGGUUCACCUGCAGACCCUCAUUCUCAACAAUAAUCCACUCAUGCAUGCACAGUUGAGGCAAUUACCUGCCAUGGUAGCCCUUCAAACCCUUCAUUUAAGGAACACGCAACGUACCCAGAGCAACAUGCCAACAAGUCUUGAAGGCCUCACUUCUUUAGCAGAUGUGGAUCUGUCCUGCAAUGAUCUGACUCGGGUACCGGAGUGCCUGUAUUCCUUAGCCAGUUUGAAACGCCUUAAUCUGAGUAACAAUCAGAUCACAGAGAUGUCACUGUGCAUAGACCAGUGGACCCAGCUAGAGACACUGAACCUUUCUAGGAACAUGCUCAAUUCCUUACCCUCUGCCAUUUGUAAACUGUCUAAAUUGAAGAAGCUGUAUUUAAACUCAAACAAGCUUGACUUCGAUGGAGUGCCAUCUGGUGUCGGGAAGUUGUCCAGUCUGGAGGAGUUUAUGGCAGCUAAUAAUAAUCUUGAGCUGAUUCCAGAGGGGCUCUGCAGGUGUGGAAAAUUAAAGAAAUUAGUCCUGAAUAAAAACAGGCUGGUGACUUUACCAGAGGCAAUUCAUUUCCUCACUGAUUUAGAAGUUUUGGAUGUGCGAGAGAAUCCCAACCUGGUUAUGCCUCCCAAACCAGUCGACAGGGCAGCUGAGUGGUACAACAUAGACUUCUCUUUGCAGAACCAGCUGCGGUUGGCAGGCGCGUCACCAGCCACAGUGGCUGCAGCAGGUGGAGGAAAUAGUCCAAGAGAUCCAAUGGCCAGGAAGAUGAGGUUAAGACGACGGAAGGAUUCCACACAGGAUGACCAGGCUAAACAGGUGCUGAAAGGAAUGUCUGAUGUGGCCCAGGAAAAGAAUAAGUCCAUGGAGGAGAAUGGUGAUAUGAAAUAUUCUGAUCUGAAGUCUAAGCGCUGGGAUAAAAAUCUUGAGAAGCCUCCUCUUGACUAUUCUGAGUUCUUUAUGGAAGAUGUGGGGCAUGUGCCUGGAGUCACUGUGUGGCAGAUAGAAAACUUUUUGCCUGUGCAAGUGGAUGAGGCUUUCCAUGGGAAAUUCUACGAGGCAGACUGUUACAUUGUCCUGAAGACUUUUCUAGAUGACAAUGGAGCCUUGACUUGGCAGAUCUUCUACUGGAUUGGACAGGAUGCCACCUUAGAUAAGAAAGCUGGCUCUGCUAUCCAUGCUGUUAAUCUUCGCAAUUACCUGGGUGCUGAGUGUAGGACCAUCAGGGAGGAAAUGGGAGAUGAAAGUGAAGAGUUUGGUGCGGUAUUUGACAAUGAAAUAUCCUAUAUAGAAGGAGGAACUGCAAGUGGAUUCUACACAGUGGAGGAUACACAGUACCCAACAAGACUUUAUCGUGUGUAUGGAAAGAAGAACAUCAGGUUAGAGUCUGUACCUCUAAAGGCAGCCUCUCUUGAUCCACGGUUUGUAUUCUUGCUGGACACUGGUCUUGAAAUAUAUGUGUGGAGAGGAGCCAAUGCUACCUUAAGUGGUACUACAAAAGCCAGGUUAUUUGCAGAGAAGAUAAACAAGAAUGAGAGGAAGGGAAAAGCAGAGAUCACUUCAUUGGUACAAAAUCAGGAGCCCCCAGAGUUCUGGGAAGUUCUUGGUGGACAGCCUGAAGAAAUAAAAAAACAUGUUCCAAAUGACUUCACUCCUGUUCGACCCAAACUCUACAAGGUUGGCCUAGGUUUGGGAUAUCUUGAACUGCCCCAGAUCAACUAUAAGCUUUCAGUUGAGCACAAAAACAGACUCAAACUUGAUGUCCUUCCAGAGCUCAGACUGCUCCAAAGUCUUCUAGACACUAAAGGAGUAUAUAUAUUGGACUGCUGGUCUGAAGUCUUUAUUUGGAUUGGACGCAAGUCUCCUCGCCUUGUAAGAGCUGCUGCCCUGAAAUUGGGGCAGGAAAUGUGCAGCAUGCUUCAUCGCCCAAAACACGCUGUUGUCAUCCGCAAUCUGGAGGGCACUGAAGUCCAGGUCUUCAAAUCCAAGUUCAAGAACUGGGAUGAUGUGCUGAAGGUGGACUACACCAAGAAUGCAGAGAGUGUACAGCAGACUGGUGGCCUGUCUGGAAAAGUAAAGAAGGAUGCUGAUCAGAAGGGCCAGAUGAAGGCUGACCUAACUGCCCUAUUCCUGCCCAGGCAGCCACCCAUGCCCCUGUCAGAGGCUGAGCAAAUGAUGGAGGAGUGGAAUGAAGACCUGGAUGGCAUGGAGGGAUUUGUUUUGGAGGGGAAGAAGUUUGCCCGUCUGCCUGAGGAGGAGUUUGGUCAUUUUCACACACAGGACUGCUAUGUCUUUCUGUGCAGAUACUGGGUGCCUGUGGAGUAUGAGGAUGAGAAAGGGAAAGAGAAGGGUGAGGAAGGGCAGGGGGAGGACGAGGACAAGCAGCCUGAAGAGGACUUCCAGUGUGUGGUCUACUUCUGGCAGGGUCGUGAGGCCUCCAACAUGGGUUGGCUUACGUUCACAUUCAGCUUGCAGAAGAAAUUUGAGAGCCUUUUUCCUGGCAAGCUAGAGGUUGUGAGGAUGACCCAGCAGCAGGAGAACCUCAAGUUCUUGUCACACUUUAAAAGGAAGUUCAUUAUCCAUAAAGGGAAGAGGAAACUUAAAGUGGACAAUGUGCAGCCUAGCCUGUACCACAUAAGAACUAAUGGCAGUGCACUCUGCACCAGAACUAUCCAGAUACCCACUGAUUCCAGUAACUUGAAUUCUGAGUUCUGUUACAUACUGAAGGUGCCAUUUGAGAGCACAGACAACCAGGGUAUUGUGUAUACGUGGGUUGGCAGAGCUGCAGACCCAGAUGAGGCUAAGCUGGCAGAGGACAUCAUGAACUCAAUGUUUGAUGACAGCUACAGCAAACAGGUGAUAAAUGAAGGAGAGGAACCAGAGAACUUUUUCUGGGUGGGCAUUGGCACACAGAAACCAUAUGAUGAAGAUGCAGAGUACAUGAAAUUUGCCAGGCUUUUCAGGUGCUCUAAUGAGAAGGGCUACUUUUCUGUAUCUGAGAAAUGCUCUGACUUCUGUCAAGAUGACUUGGCUGAUGAUGACAUCAUGUUGCUGGACAAUGGCAAAGAAGUGUACAUGUGGGUUGGAACCCAGACAAGCCAAGUGGAGAUCAAACUGAGUCUGAAAGCUUGUCAGGUCUACAUUCAGCACAUGCGGUCCAAGGAUACAGAGAACCCAAGGAAACUGCGCCUAGUGCGCAAAGGCAACGAACCUCACUGCUUUACCCGCUGUUUCCAUGGCUGGAGCACCUUCAGGACUGCCCCUGUAUAGACCAUCCACUUACAGCAUAGUCUAUGAAUUCAGUAGAGCAUCAUCCUCUACACCACCCUUAAGAAGCUGUCUCUUCUUUAUGUGCACUGCAGUUAUAGUAACACCUUCUUUGAAAAGCUCAUAUAUACAAAUGUUUACUUCUUUUUGAACAAUUGGUGAAAUAUUUGUGUAAUAUUGCAAGAAGCAGAAAGCUUCUAGAAAUUAUACUAAAGCUAAGAGGUACUGCAUAAGAAAGACGUUGCUGUAUUCUUUGAAGAAUGAGGAAAAGGGGGAAAAAAACAACUCUGAGGGAUAGUGUGCUCGUUUUAAAUCACCUGAUGGGAUGUAUACUAUAAAUCUGGUAGUUAUGAAUUCUACCGCUAUUCAUCUUGAAUAGAUGCUGUGUUAAGUUGAUACCAAGAUUAGUUUGCUAACUCUUUACUCCAUGUCAGUAUCUUGGUUAGAUUACAGAUAUUAAGGGGACUUUGCACACUUUCACUCUCCCACAUUAACUCGGGUUUUGAUCUGUUAUAUGGUUUCAAUAUGCACUUCAUUAUAUUCUGCCAGUGUAAUAAUCAAAACAGGCUCUUGCUGCCUAGCACGUCAGGCACUUAGAACUAGAGCACAAGCAAACGCAUGGACUCACAUCUAUAUUCUCCAGAAAUAUCCUGUGCCAUAGACAACACACUGCGUGUUUUGUGUUUUGCAUGUAAGCACUGUCCAAUUCAGGUCUGUCGUCUGCUGCUUUAUGCUUCACCGUUGGGAUAGUGUCCGACAUUUCUAAAAUAAUGGACUUCACAGUUAACUUGGGAUGUCUUUGGAGAAACACUUAUCAUGUAUCAAGUAUUUUUGUUUUCUUACUGUGAUGCCAUAAACUACCCAACACAGUGUUGCAAAAUAUAUUUAGAGGAAUGUACCUACUAUGGUAUAUAGUGGCAGUAAGCAUAAUAGCGAAGCAGUCAUAGUUCUUUUUAUGGAUCACUAGAAUUCUUUGAAGGUAAAAUACAUGUUCCACUUGGAAGGGGAAAUGCAUUUAACCAAGGACAGCUGCUUGUCUUUAAUCAUGUUUCAUUUAUCCUAUGGUUAUCAUAAAGGGAUUGGGAGAGGCAAAUGAACUUAUUUACAUUUGGCAGUUUACUGCCCUAUUUUGUCUAGCAAUUUUUCAGUAUCACUGCAUCUCAUUUGUGUGCAUAAAAAUGUAUUUGUGUACAAAUAUUUUCUGCCUUUGGCCCUACUUGUAGAUGCUCUAUUUAUGUAUUUUGUAUUAAAAAUAAAAGUUCCAUCACAAGUCUA